CAUUCAUUCUGAUUCUGUCGUUCAAUUACUCAUUCGUUGUUGUGCGAAGUAGAUUUUGGAGGUUAUUUGAGUUAUUUAUUUCUUCGUAAUGGACGAAGCUUUCAAGCCGAAGAUAAGCAGCACAGCUCAAGAUCCAGUGCUGAAGAAGGCGGAGCUCGAUUAUAUGAAAAUAAUCGAACUUAAAAACCGGGAGCGUGUUGAGAAACUUAGAGUACAGGCUAUAAGAAAUCGAAAGAUUGGUCUCGCAAUCGGUGCUGGAGUUUUCAGUAUUUAUCUGUAUUCCAUCUUCGCUGUGAAGCAGGAAACGUUCCUUGACGACUUCAACGAGCCCGUUAAAGAGCAGCAGUAA